CGAGCUUUGCUUAUGUGUGUUUAUGUUUACUGCAUAGUUUGCUUGUUACAGUGUAUCUUUUCGUCUAUGUAAGUGUAAGUUAGUAUGUUCAUGUAUCUAUGAUGCUUAUCCUUAUCCUUCCUACAAUACAUUUAAAAAGCGCUAUUCUAGAAAAGGAAUUUCGUUUUGUAUACAUAGCCUUAGAGCCACACUCAUACAUUUCACAGGAGGUUAGGAAGUGCAGCUCCGUUUCCAUCUCAUUUUGUGGGCUGUGUGCACAUAGCCUGUCUUCUCUUGAGAGCCAUGUCUGCCUACAGCGGCCUUUCUCAAUAGCAGGGUAAUGCUCACUGAGUCUGUACAUAGUCAAAGCUUUUCUUAAGUCUGGGUCAGUCGCGGUGGUCAGGUAUUCUACCACAGUGCAGUCUCUGUUUAGGGCUAAAUAGCAUUCUAGUUUGCUCUGUUUUUUUGUUGUUAACUCUUUCCAAUGUGUCAAGUAAUUAUCUUUUUGUUUUCUCAUGAUUUGGUUGGGUGUAAUUGUGUUGCUGUCCUGGGGCUCUGUGGGUCUGUUUUUGAACAGAGCCCCAGGACCAGCUUGCCUAGGAAACUCUUCUCCAGGUUCAUCUAUGUAGGUGAUGGCUUUGUUGUGGAAGGUUUGGGAAUCACCUUGGGAAUCACCUUUUAAUUUUUUUAUUUUACCUUUAUUUUACUAGGCAAGUCAGUUAAGAACAAAUUCUUAUUUUCAAUGACGGCCUAGGAACAGUGGGCUAACUGCCUGUUCAGGGGCAGAACAACAGAUUUGUACCUUGUCAGCUCGGGGGUUUGAACUUGCAACCUUUCGGUUACUAGUCCAAUGCUCUAACCACUAGGCUACCCUGCCGCCCGUUUUCGGUGGUUGUAGAAUUUUGGAUAAUUAGCGGGUAUCGGCCUAAUUCUGCUCUGCAUGCAUUAUAUGGUGUUUUACGUUAUAUACUGAGGAUAUUGGUGUUUGUCCCAUUUUGUGAAUUAUUGGUUGGUGAGCAGACCGCAGACCUCACAACCAUAAAGGGCAAUGGGUUCUAUAACUGAUUCAAGUAUUUUUAGAUCGUUCACAGCUUUGUGGAAGUUUUCCUGUGGCGCUGAUGUUUAGGCCGAGGUAUGUAUCGUUUUUUGUGUGCUCUAGGGCAACGGUGCCUAGAUGGAAUUUGUAUUUGUGGACCUGGCAAAUUGACCUUUUUUGGAACACCAUUAUUUUUGUCUUACUGAGAUUUUUGUGUGUGUGUGUGUGUCAGAAAGACAGGUUUUGGUGUUUGAAUGCAGCAAUGUGACUCAUGGCUUUCUACAGUGCAGUGCGGAGAGACCAGAUACCCUGAGGUGUGUUGUCUGUCUGCAUUUGUCGAAAAUGAACAAGGGAGGGAGCUGCACAAAUAUCAGACAGCCAGGCACCAUGCAGGGGGAACCCUCCCCUCAUCCCUGAGUGCUGAUAUUUCAGGACUGGAGCCUGAGUGUGUCAUAUCAGAUAGUGUCAGACUGCAUCCAGAAGGGGGGAUGAUAAGAGCUUCCUGAAAGUAGCCUUUGAGAAACCCUGUGGAACAUUUUCCUCUAAUAGCCAUUUUCAAGCAGUGUCAGACAGGGUUGGUUAUUGACCUUCUCAACGGUAGUUUCUUCAGACCAAACUCAGUGGUUUUAGCGAAGAGCCAGAAUGGAGUGGUCACUAGAGAGGGUGAGGGAGAUGGUGGCUGGAGGGAUGCAGUCUAUGAGGGACUGUGAGUCCAGUGCCUUUGGCACAGCCAUGUGCCUGCUGCUGCUCUUUGUGUGGUACUGUUACAGGGUAGGUCGUGAGCACAGCUCCUCUCCCCUGCGUGGGGGGUACAGCACUGAGCCCAGUCGAGUAGGAGGGGGUGGGGGGGCCUUGAUCAGCACAGAUGGGGAUGGUAGGGCUAAAGGCAGGCCGGUGUCAGGGGUGGAGGAGCAGAACGGCUUUGCUUACUGCCAGUCCGCUGAGUCCUUUCGCUGCACCAACACAGGGGACGGUCUCAAUCAGAAGCUGUACCACAGCCUGCAAGAUUACGCCAAACGCUACACCUGGUCGGGCAUGGGCAGGGUACACAAAGGGGUACGAGACCAGGGUCGCUACCUUACCAGCCGGCCCACCAUCCAGAGGCCAGAGGUGUUCUUCCUCCCUGACCUGCCCUCAGCACCCUUCUUCUCCCGGGACGCACAGAAGCACGACGUGGAGCUGCUGGAGAGGAGCUUCCCUGCUCUGCUGGCUGAGUUUGAGAGCAUCUACCACUCCCCCCCAGCAAGGGCUGGCUCCUCCCUUCCUUUGGGCUGGAAGUCCAACAGCACCCCCCAUGGUCAGUGGUGGACCUUCUACUUGUUGAACCAGGGCACUCCGCUGGCCCUCAAUGCCAGGAGGUGCCCCCGGGCCUGGAGGGUGCUGGGUCAGCUGCGCACCUUUAUCGCCAACAAUGUGUUUGGAAACGCCUGCUUCUCUGUGCUGACCCCGGGAGCCCUGAUCACUGAGCAUUACGGCCCAACCAACGUCAGGCUGCGCUGCCACCUGGGUCUUAGAGUGCCCUCUUCCUGUGAGCUGGUGGUUGGCGGGGAGCCACAGUGCUGGUCUGAGGGGAGCUGUCUUCUGUUUGAUGACUCCUUCCUCCACAGGGCCUUCCAUGAGGGUGGCCCAGAGGACGGCCCCAGGGUGGUCUUCAUGGUGGACCUCUGGCACCCUAAUGUGGCAGCUGCUGAGAGACAGGCUCUGGACUACAUCUUCACCCCUGGGCGCUGAGAAGACAAGGAGUUUGUCGGGGGGGGGGGGAAGAGAAACAGAGCUACAGAGAGAAAAACAGAGGUAAAGGGCAACGGAGAGAAUGUCUUUCAAAAUUUGGUGAAAAAAGAGAGAGUUGGUGAAAAAAGUAGAGAAGAACAGUGCGAGUGGGGCGGGAGGGAGCAUUUCUCUUGUCCCGUUCCCACACUCACUGUGUACAUAUUCUCUGUCUUGUUCGAAUCUGCUUUCUCCCUGUAACUCUUAGCACCUGCUGACUUUGACCAAACAGCCAUAAUGUAAAAUGUUAUAUUUGAAUGUUUACAGCCCCAAUCCUUAUCUCUGUGAUUAUCCCUGCCCAUGUGUGAUACUUUACUGUGCUCUCCUUUAGAAAUCAAGACAGCUUUCACAAAAACAUGCUUGGAUAAGCAUAUAGAAACAGUUUUUUUAGAGAUCAAAUGGUUUGCUUGAAACAGUCUGUGUUGUUGCUACACAGACGAAAGGCUUGUAUUUGGUCAAUUAUCUAAUUGAUUAAUGGUUGUAAUAUGGUUGUAUUUGAUAUCUUUGUAUUUCUGUAAAUAGAGUUGGAGUACAAAACAUAUCAGAGGUUUUGAAAUAUAAUUGUCUUACAAUCAAUAGUUAAGUUAUUGUGUGGUCUUAAUAUACUGGUACUGUAAUGUCAUCUUCUCUUCUGAGCAUUUGUCAUUUUGAUACAUUCAGUUUUAGAUAUCUGAAAUGUUUGGCUAUUGUUCAGUGACAUUUUAUAUAAUGCUGUGAUUUUUUUCAGCUGUAUAUCAAAUUUAUGGUGAUAUUCUACCCCAAUAGAUUCAUAUUUGUGGCAUUUGUACUCAUUUUGAACAGUAUUUAAUAAAUGGCAAAUUAUCUGAA